AUAUGUCUAAUCAUUCACUCAAGAAUCAUUUUUCAAUGGGAAUAGCGUCAUUAAUAAACCUUAUGUCAUUUGGCAACGAAUCUGGCCCUAGUCUGAAUAGGAUUCUUUGAGCACCAACCAUCCAAAAACUAAUUUCCUUGGUUAGACUUCUAUUCAAGAUUAAAAUGGACACCGUUUGCUAACUUCAAUUGUUAUAUUUUUUACUUUUCUUAGUGUAGACGAAACUGACUUUUUAAAACUUCCCGUUCUCUCGAUUUCUUCCACCUUGUCUGUCCAGCGUCUCUGCAACAGAAUGGAGGAGCUGGCAGUCAAAAAGCAUGUUAAGUACAUUUUAUCAGCUGAGAAGAGCAAGGAUGAUUUUGCAUCUGUAAUUAUGGAGCACCUACGAAUGAAUGGGGCAUACUGGGGGUUGACCACUCUCGAUCUUUUAGGGAAGCUUGAAACAGUGGAUACUGAUGAGGUUGUUUCAUGGGUCAUGGAAUGUCAGCAUGAAUCUGGUGGUUUUUGUGGCAAUAUUGGACAUGACCCACAUAUAUUGUUUACUCUCAGUGCUGUACAAGUUUUAGCUCUUGUUGACAGGAUUAAUGUACUUGACAUUGAUAAGGUUUCAGAAUAUAUCGCUGGGCUGCAGAAUGAAGAUGGAUCAUUUGCAGGUGACAUAUGGGGUGAAAUUGAUACAAGGUUUUCUUAUAUUGCAAUAUGUUGUCUCUCAUUAUUACAUCGUCUGGAUAAAAUCAAUGUGGAAAAGGCUGUAAAGUACAUUGUAAGUUGCAAGAAUCCGGAUGGUGGAUUUGGAAGCACACGUGGUGCAGAGUCUCAUGCAGGGCAAAUUUUCUGUUGUGUGGGUGCUCUUGCUAUUACUGGUUCUCUACAUUAUAUUGACAAGGACCUCCUGGGGUGGUGGUUGUGUGAGCGACAAGUUAAAUCUGGAGGCUUAAAUGGGCGCCCUGAGAAACUUCCUGAUGUUUGCUAUUCAUGGUGGGUUCUUUCAAGUUUGAUCAUGAUUGACAGAGUUCAUUGGAUUGACAAGCAAAAGCUUGUUAGGUUUAUCUUGGACUGUCAGGAUAAGGAGAAUGGAGGAAUUUCAGAUAGGCCAGAUGAUGUGGUUGAUGUUUUCCAUACAUAUUUUGGUGUUGCAGGUCUUUCACUUCUUGAAUAUCCGGGAUUGAAAGCCAUAGAUCCGGCAUAUGCUUUGCCUGUUGAUCUUAUAAAUAAAAUUUUCUUUAGCAGAUGAAGGACACAUUUAGUAGUUCAACAUCUUUUUUCUUCUACGUCUACUUAUUUUGUAAAAGACUUUAACUAUCUGAUCAGAUAUCGCAUGAGCUUGGUUGCUUUUUAGGUGCUUGUUUCUUUGAUAAUUUUAGUAUGUGUUUGUGUUUUUAAUCCAUUUAUCAAUAGAUAUUAGUUCAAGAAAGUGUUCAAUAGAGGGUUUUGGACUUCCCGGAACAAUUCUAUUUUGUUUUCUGGAUUUUGAGAACUGAAAUUCAUCCCCAAAUGGGUAGAUAAAAGGAGGAAUGAAGAGAUUCUUAUGAGCACAACUUUU